GCGCUCGCGAGCGUCGCCGGGCUGCCGGCAGCUGAGCAUGUUCGCCCCGAGAGCGGCGCCCGUUCGAGCGCCGGGCCGCCCUCCCUGCCCCAACGCCGCGGGCAGCCCCGCGCCCGGACCAAGCUGGGCCAGGGGCUCGGCUGGGCUGCGGGCCGCCGCUGGCACCCGCGCUGUCCGCUGCCCUCGUUGACCCCGCUGCCAGAGCCUCAGACCUGGGCACCACCGCCGCGGUCCAGGCACGCGAAGAAGCCCCUCUCCUCCGCGGUGGAGCUGCGGGGACAGUGAGUGUGGGUGGUCUCCGGAGGACCCUCGGCCUAGCGGGAGCGGAGGAGCAGCAUCUCACUUUCAUCAACGCUGUUGAAAGAAGAAAAAAUGCCAGUCCUGUCUCCUGAAAUCAAAUUGGAUACUUCUAAUGUCACCAGAAAUUCCCUUGACAGUUGUUUUCUUUUUGAGAGCAGUUGGAGGAAAGCAGUUUUAGAAACACAAAAGAUGAAGAAAGAAUACACGACAGCAUUUGGUCUAGAAGAGUUCAGAGAGUGUGUCAAAAUGCCAUAUUUACCAGGACUGCAGAGUUGCCCAAAAAGUCUAAGUUCAACUCCACUGGAAGUUCAUCCAAGACUGCUGCAUGCCCAUACGGAGAUGCCUCCCAUCAGCCAGUCUAGUGAGAACAUGUCGAGUUGUGUACAAGUGUUUUAUUCUCCUCUGCACAUUGCACAGCGCCCCGUGAACGAACAGCCGUGGCAAAGAAGGAUAAGGAAGACUAAGGAGACCUGCACGGUGGUACCACUUCAGGAGAAAUCAAAGGGAUUUUUAAGGCGUUCUAAUUCUUCAAUCAAUUUUGGUUCUGGCUUCAGUGAUCCUCUUGCUGGAGCAUCAUCUCAGUACUUACAGAGACUUUCCAAAAUGGCCAUAUUGGAGUAUGAUACCAUUCGUCAAGAAACUACUAGAAAAUCCAAAAAGGGCAAGAAACGAGACCCUCGAGACUGCUGAUAAGUAUCACAUGGUGUGAUGCUUUUUUUACUGAUGUCUAAGGUUUAUAUGUUUUUUCCUUUCUUUUUCUUAUUUUGGUAUGUGAUAUGAUGUGCAAUGAUUUAUAAAAAUGGAAAUGUAAA